AGGGAGCACCGAGCGCCAGGAAUAAGAAAAAAAAAUUGCUUCCAGAGCCUAUAUGGGUGUAUCGUUUGAGGAAAAACAUGARUUUCUGAUCAGCUGUUCAAAACAAGAUGCAUUGGCAAAUCAUUCUGAUCGUGUUUGUGCUGUUGGACUUUCUUCACAUGGCAGUUGCCCAUUGUAUGGUCUAUCAGAUUCCUCCCAGGAACUUUUCAUUACCUUGUGUGCUGCUGAAUGAGACGCUUCUCAGUCCUCUCUCUGCUAGAACUGUGACAGGCUGGGCUGGUUUCAAUCCAGAACGUGGAGCUGCUGAAGCCAAUUCUCCCUGGGUAAUGACUGAAGAAAGUUUUCUCUGUUGCCUGUGGAGUGAUAAUAACAUUGAUUGCUCUUUGUACAGAGCAAGCAUGCACGCAAAGAUGUUUACUCCUUCAGAAUCAAGCACCUUGGCUUCUCAAGAAACAGGUUCAAAUUGGAAUAUUGAAUGCUGGAUUAAAGGAGAGCUGGACCUCUUAGUCUGUGGCCUGCGGUUUUUGAAGUUGUACGUGAGAGCUAAUCUGAAGGUUAAUCUUUUAUAUGCUGUAUCGGAGCUGUCGCUGGGAGAAAUGUCUACGAGUUCCCUGAAAGGGAGAGUAAUGGCAGYUCCCUGUGACUGCAGUGAAUAUGACAAGUGUGAGUGCUGCGUUCCCUCCCUGAGACUCAACUGCACCUACGUCCUGUGGCUGCAGGUCACGAUUGGUGUGACACCCCUUUGGUCACCUUUAAUGUCUGUCGAGCCCAUAGACAUAGUAAAGCCUGAACCUCCUUUGAACCUGCAUCUAGAAAUGGCAGAGAAAGGUCAAGUGAAGAUGUGCUGGUCUGAUCCAGUGCUAAUGCCCUACCCGCUCAAGUAUGAAGUCAAGUUCUCUGCAAAUUCAAGUCAGGAUGUCUGGCAGAUGGUUGAAGUUGUCCUAGAAACCUCGGUGGCCAUAGAGCCUGUGCUGCUUGAUUCUUUGAACUCCGUUCAAGUGCGCUGCAAGCGUCGGCACGGCCCGGGCUUCUGGAGCGACUGGAGCGCGCCGUUCAGCCUGCACCCGGGAGGAGUCCUGUACUUCCCUCCUAAGCUGCUGACCAGUGUUGGCUCUAACGUUUCCUUUCAUUGCAUCUAUAAUAAUAAAAACAAGAUAGUGGCGUCCAAGAAGAUUGUUUGGUGGCUGAAUUUAGCAGAAGAAGUCCCAGAAAGUCAGUACACACUUGUGAAUGAUCGUGUAAGCAAAGUUACUCUUUUCAACUUGAAAGCAACAAAACCUAGAGGAAAUUUUUUCUAUAAUGCAGUGUACUGUUGUCAUCAAAAUAGGGAGUGUCAUCACAGAUACGCUGAAUUAUAUGUAGUAGAUACGAAUAUCAAUAUCACAUGUGAAACUGAUGGGUACUUAACUAAAAUGACUUGCAGAUGGUCUGCAAACGCAAACACAUUGCUCGUGGGGAGUUCUUUGCAGUUAAGAUACUACAGGAGCAAAAUUUAUUGUCCCGAUUUCACAAGCACUUCUCCAAAAUCAGAGGUGAAAGAAUGCAGUUUGCAGAGGAAUCUUUCCUACGAGUGCACAUUCCGGCCGAUUUUUCUUUUAUCUGGUUAUACCAUGUGGAUAGAAUUUAAACACCCACUAGGAACUCUUGAAUCUUCACCAACUUGUAUCAUUCCAGCAGAUGUAGUGAAGCUGCUUCCUCCCUCUGAUGUUAAGGCAGAAAUCACCAGGAAUGUUGGGCUGCUGAAUGUGAGCUGGACAAACCCGAUAUUCACAAACAAUGAUCUUAAAUUUCAAAUUCGGUAUGCUGAGAACAGAGAAGAGAUUAGAUGGCAGUUGUAUGAAAUUUCAGAUGCACCAACAAGAUGGGCAGUGAUAAAAGUUCAGAAACCUUGUGUUGAGUACGUUGUUGAGGUGCGCUGCAGAGGACCCGAUGGAGCCGGUUACUGGAGCGACUGGAGCAGAUCAGCCUAUGCACUUGUCAGAGAUAUCAAAGCUCCUCUACAAGGCCCUGAGUUUUGGAGAAUUAUUACUGAAGAUCCUGCAAGGAGGCAGAGGAAUGUUACACUUCUGUGGAAGCCUCUGAUGAAGAAUCAGUCCCUGUGCAGUGUGAGCCGAUACAUUAUAAAGCAYCAGACCUCAGAAAAUACUACGUGGUCAGAAUACGUUGAGAACGGCACUACCUGUUCAUUUGCAUGGACUGAACGCACACAUACCGUUACAGUCUUAGCCAUGAAUUCACUUGGAGUUUCUUCAGUUAAUUUUAAUUUAACUCUGUCACAGCAGAUGAGCACAGUGGGCGCCGUGCAGGCGCUCGGUGCCUACCCRGUGAACAGCACCUGCGUGGUUCUGGCUUGGACGCUGGCGCCUCGAGUGGAUGGGAUAACAUCUCUAGUUAUCGAGUGGAGAAACCUGAACAAAGAAGAGGAGAUGAAAUGGGUGCGAGUUCCUCCAAAUAUCAGCAAGUAUUAUAUUUAUGAUCACUUUAUUCUGAUUGAGAAGUACCAGUUCAGCCUGUACCCUGUAUUUGCUGGCGGAGUUGGCAAAUCCAGAACUACGGAUCAGUUUAUCAGAGAUGGGUCUGAAAAUCAGCACAAUGCCAGCCUCUAYGUGGUUCUGCCAAUCGUUAUUUCAACCUCAGCUUUGUUGCUUGGAGCAUUGAUGGUUUCACACCAAAGAAUGAAGAAGCUGUUUUGGGAAGAUGUUCCGAACCCCAAGAACUGCUCCUGGGCACAAGGAGUUAACUUCCAGAAGCCUGAAACUUUUGAGCAUCUUUUUGUCAAGCACCCUGAAGCCGUGUCAUUUGAGCCCCUUCUGGAACCAGAAAUAGUGCUGGAAGACCUCAGUGUCACUAGAGCAUUGCACACAGAAGAYGUGCAGGAUAUUUUAGCAAUUGAUUCAGUGUUUACAAAGAUCCAAGACUCUGAACGUGACUCUGCUUGUUCUAGCAGCCAUUUCAACAGUAACAGCUCCAAGAGCUCCCACGAGGACAAAGUCAGUGGAGAUGUUCCCCGGCAGUGCAAUGUUAAGUACGCCACUGUCGUCACUAACUCCAAAUCGGGAGGGCUGUACGAGCAGAGCAGCAGCCCGCGCUGCGCCCUGGGGAGCCGCGUCCUCGCCCAAGACGCCUUCGUGGCGGGCGCUUUCUCCAGCAGCUCCUGGGAAAUGGGCAACGGGGCCUUUCUGCUGCUCCCCGAGCCACGUGGCGCGCAGCCCAGCAAGACUCUCUCCCUUUCCCUUAUUUCUUCAGAGGGAUUUUCAGAGCCUUCAGACCAGGAUGAAGCUUUCACCGAUGGUGACAGCCCCGAGCGGAGCUUGUAUUACCUAGGGAUAACAGCAUUUGAGAAGGGAGAAAAUGACAUUUUUUUAACAGAAAGUUCGGGCGUCAUGURUCAUUUCCACACAACUGAUGUGCUCAAAGAUCUGGGUUUUCUUCAGAGUGCCUCUCCUAACUUAAAUGCUUUUCUCAAAAGCAGCCUUAAAUACAAAGCUCUUGUGCCAUAUGUGCCACAGUUUCAGAUGGCUACUGCCAAAGCCCAAGAGACUGCYGAGAACAAAUGCUAACUCAUCGUGCCAAUUUGAUACCAUUUAUAUUGUUAAAGGUUGCUCUGUUUCCCCCGUUGGCACCUCCUCCUUUCAGGAGCUCUCUGGUUUGGAAACUGGAUGAUUAAGUCUGUUCUCUAUAGACUUAGUCCAUAGUUGCCUCUCAACUAAGACUAAGUCUGAAGUUGAGUGUCGGGAUUUUAGUAGGAAGAAAUUCCAUUUCUGGGCCUGACUUUCAGAGAUGUGGCCUUUGGUUAGAUGCUUGGUGGUGUCCCGGCAGCCGCUGGUGCCCAGCUGCCUCUCGUUGCUGCGUGUCGCGUGUGCUGCUGCGCUUGCCUGCGGUGCCCCCGGCAUCCAGGGGCAGGGCUGGAGGCCACCUGCACCCUGGCUCUGCUAAUGCCCCAGCCUUGGGUGCCGUGUGAGGACAAAGAGGCUCUGGGGUCCCUGCUGAGCCCCGGCACCCAGGGCUGGGCGCAGAGCUCGGUGGCACCGGCCGUGGUGCGCGACCRCGGGCCCCUCUCGCGGGCCUUGUGCUGCUGGGUUUGCUCCCACGCUCUCGUGCACUCGCUGCUUAAGUUGACAUCUGUAUUAAAUUGACCUUGUUCUAGAAAAGGGGAGGGAGGAGGCAAAGCAGAUGGUCCACAUUAAAGAAACAAUCUGAAUCCUGGGUUUGGCUUGUUGAAAGGCAGCCUGUGCCCGAAGAAGGUGAAGUUACACUGUUGUUUCCUUGUCUCUUUUAAUGUAAAGUGGCAGUGUCUGUCAGCGACACUGAAGAGCUUUACGAGGAGCUGUGAGGUGAGAACCAAGUGUGGGGCAGUGCCUCGGUGCAGAAGGUGCUCCCUGCGGAAGCGGCUCUGCUCCUGGCUCUAGCUUUGCUGUGGUGCAAGAAGAGGAGAGAACCAGAAUUCUUGUGGCUGUGCUAAUUGGGGGUGUUACCCAGGUAAAAUGGUGCACUUGGAAGUAAAAUUUCCACAUUUUUGGCACUGCUGUUAAACAUGAGAUCCUUGCACAAAUGGUACCGCAGUAAGACUACCGUCUCUUCCAAACCGCUUUCACAGGAAUCCACAGUAAAAAGGCAGGAAUGUGAUCCAUGCACAGUCUAAAGAUGCAAAAGAAUCUGUACUUUUAUUCUUAGCUGAGCUGCCCUGUCUGUGCGGACUUGGGGAAGUCUCAUCGUCGUCUUAAGCCCUACUCAGCCCCACUGAGAAGCUUCAGAGGUGAGGAAAAUUGGAUCUUGCAUCCCAGCCCAGUUUUCUGAGAUAAAUAAAAACACACACU